UAUUAUUAUUAUUAUUAUUAUUAUUUUAUUUUAUUUUAGUUUUUAAGUAGAAGAUGCUGCAGUGGAGAAGAAGAAGGAAAAGUAUGACAAGGAAAUGAGAGGAAUCAUAUCAUAUCACACACACACAUAAACACAUGUAUACUACUCUUGGGGUCUUCUUUCUCUCACUUUCUCUGUGUCUCUCUGUGUGUCUCUCUCUCUACAUCUAUUGUUGCCAUCUAGCAAGGAAGGUGGUGGAGUAGGAGAAGAUAGAGGUUUGUAAGAAGCGGUGGUGGUGGUGGAGCUCAACAAGAUAGAUAAAGCAAGAAACAAGAACACGCUUCCUACUUGUGUCGUUUGUUUUUGGAAACAAAGAACAUGGCUGCAGCUUCCUCCUCAGCUUCAACCUUCUUUACAACAAGAGAUGAUGUAUUAGAUCACCAUAAUAUUCAGGUCAAGCAACAACAACAACAACAACAACAACAACAUCAUCAUCAUCAUCAUCAACAACCACCACCACAACAACAGUCUUCUCCGUUACCUAUACCGUCUUCCUCCGUCACCGCCGUUCCUCCACCGAAGAAGAGAAGAAACCUCCCGGGAAAUCCAACUCCGGAUGCGGAGGUGAUUGCACUAUCGCCUAAGACUCUCAUGGCGACAAAUCGGUUCAUCUGUGAAGUAUGCAACAAGGGCUUCCAAAGAGAGCAAAACCUCCAGCUGCACAGAAGAGGGCAUAACUUGCCAUGGAAGUUGAGACAGAAGAACCCCAAAGAGGUCCGUCGCAAAGUGUACCUCUGCCCGGAGCCAACCUGUGUCCACCAUGACCCUUCUCGGGCACUCGGAGAUCUCACCGGUAUCAAGAAACACUUUUGUAGAAAACAUGGUGAGAAGAAAUGGAAAUGUGAGAAAUGUUCAAAACGCUAUGCAGUUCAGUCAGACUGGAAGGCACAUUCCAAGACUUGUGGCACUCGUGAGUAUCGGUGUGAUUGUGGCACUCUAUUCUCCAGGAGGGAUAGCUUCAUCACUCACAGAGCCUUCUGUGAUGCAUUAGCUCAAGAGAGUGGAAGGCUUCCAACAAGCCUCAGCACCAUUGGUGGACACUUAUAUGGGAAUAGUAGCAUGGCAUUGGGCUUAUCUCAAAUGAAUUCUCAAUUAUCUUCUAUUCAAGAACAAGGACAUACUUCUUCCGAUGUCCUUCGGCUUGGUCGAGGUGGUGGAGGAUCACAAUUCGAUCACCUUAUUGCACCGUCUAGCGGGCAUUCCACUUUCGGUGCAUCUAAUCCACCUCUUUCCUCCACCUUCUUCCUAGGUGGUGGUGCUGGUUCCAAUCAAGGAUACAAUGAAGAAGGAUUAGUACUCCAGAGUAAGCCCUUUCAUGGCUUAAUGCAACUCCCUGACCUUCAACCAAACAACAAUAGCUCAACUUCCACCGGUCCCGGUGCUGCCAAUCUAUUCAACUUGAGCUUUUUCCCUAAUAGCAAUAGCUCAAGUAACAUAAACAGUAGCAACAACAAUAAUGUUGGUAGUUUGCUCAUGUCCAAUCAGUUCAGCAAUGGCAAUGGAGAUGGGGAAACAGGAUCACACUUCACUGGAAACCUAAUGAGUGGUCAUCACAUAGGCAUGUCCUCAAUGUUCCACACAAUGCAGAAUGAGUCCAUGAUUCCACAGAUGUCGGCAACUGCGUUGCUCCAAAAGGCAGCGCAGAUGGGCUCGUCAUCGAGUGGUGGAACAAUGCUUCGAGGAAUAGGAAUUGGUGGUGGUGGUGGUGGUGGUGGAGGAGGAGGAGAUAACUUGAGAACUCAAAUAGAUAGUGAAACUCACUUUCAUGAUCUAAUGAACACCCUAAACAAUGGAAGUAAUGGCAUGUUUGGUGUCUCUGGUGGGUUAAGUACAUUCGGAGGGAAUUGCACCGGUAAUGCUGAUCAAGAACAAGUCACUGGUUUUGGAGGAAUUAGCAGUGCAGGAUUGUGCAACAUUGGACAAUCAGAUGGAGUACUCACAAGGGAUUUUCUUGGUGUUGGUAGCAUGGUUAGAAGCAUGGCAAGUGGUAUCAAUCAAAGAGAACAGCAUGCCGGCUUCGAUAUCGGAUCGUUGGAACCAGAAGUAAAGCCGGCAUCGUCAUCUCGGUCGUUCGCUAGCUAGUAGAGAAAAUGUAGCAUAACAAGGAAGAAGGAAAGAUGAGAAAGGUGUGUAGCUCAACUUGAUGGAGAAGAAGAAGAAGAAGAAGAAGAAGAAGAAGAAGGACGACCUUGUUGUGUGUUGCUUUUUUGUUUAUGUUCUUGUUGUUGAUUACUGUAGUGGUUGUUACUGUUAUCUAAAAUGUUGUACGUUUAGAUAGUUCCUGUUUUAUUCUUUCUAGUUUCUUUUCACCUCUCCUUCUAGCUAGUUAUCAUGGCUAGCAAAGGAGCACCUUCAAAUAAGAAAGACUCAAUCCAGACAAAUUAAUUAAGUCUUCUUUUUUUUUGCA